CGGGGGCGGGGCCAAGGACCCCGAGGGCACCGCCCCGUGGCGCCGCCGAAGCCGUCGGCCGAGCACCGAGCCGGCAGCCCAGGGUAGUUGCGGCGCCCAGGACUCGGAGGACGCGGCCAUGCAGGGCCGGGCGGACGCGGGCGAGGCCGACGAGGAGGCGGGGGCCGGCUCGGGAUCCGAGGCCGAGGAGGACGCGCUCUGGGAGCGGAUCGAGGGCGUCCGGCACCGGUUGACGCGCGCCCUGAACCCGGCCAAGCUCACGCCGUAUCUGCGCCAGUGCCGCGUCCUGGACGAGCAGGACGAGGAGGAGGUGCUCAGCACGUACCGUUUCCCGUGCCGUGCCAACCGCACCGGGCGCCUCAUAGACAUCUUGCGCUGCCGUGGCAAGAGGGGCUUCGAAGCCUUCCUGGAAGCCCUGGAAUUCUAUUACCCAGAACACUUCACACUGCUCACUGGCCAGGAACCCGCCCAGCGCUGCUCCAUGAUCCUUGAUGAGGAGGGGCCCGAGGGCCUGACCCAGUUCUUGAUGACCGAGGUGCGGAGGCUUCGGGAUGCUCGGAAGAGCCAGUUGCAGCGAGAGCAGCAGCUGCAGGCGCGGGGCCGGGCCCUGGAGGAGGAGCGGGCCGGGCUGGAGCAGCGGCUGCAGGAGCAGCAGCAGGCGCAGGAGCGCUGCCAGCGGCUGCGGGAGGACUGGGAGGCGGGCAGCCUGGAGCUGCUGCGGCUGAAGGAUGAGAACUACAUGAUCGCCAUGCGCCUGGCUCAGCUCAGCGAGGAGAAGAACUCCGCCGUGCUGCGCAGCCGAGACCUGCAGCUCGCGGUGGAUCAGCUCAAGCUCAAGGUCAGCCGGCUGGAGGAAGAGUGUGCACUGCUGCGGAGGGCCAGGGGGCCGCUGCCUGGGGCCGAAGACAAGGAGAAGGAGCCAGAUGGUGCGGAUCUGCUCUCAGAGCUUCGGGCGGAGAAUCAGAGGCUGACAGCCUCACUGCAGGAGCUCCAGGAGGGUCUUCAGCAGGAGGUGAGCCGGCCAGGGGCUGCGGGCUCUGAGCGCAUCCUGCUGGACAUCCUGGAGCAUGAUUGGAGAGAGGCCCAGGAUAGCAGGCAAGAGCUGUGUCAGAAGCUGCACGCUGUCCAGGGCGAGCUACAGUGGGCUGAGGAACUUCGGGACAAGUACCUGCAAGAGAUGGAGGAUCUGCGGCUCAAACACCGAACGCUGCUGAAGGACUGUGACCUCUAUAAGCACCGCAUGGCCACCGUGCUGGCCCAGCUGGAGGAGAUUGAGAAAGAGCGGGACCAGGCAAUCCAGAGUCGAGACCGGAUCCAGUUACAGUAUUCUCAGAGCCUCAUUGAGAAGGAUCAGUACCGCAAGCAGGUGCGGGGACUGGAGGCGGAGCGUGAUGAGCUGCUCACGACCGUCACCAGCCUGGAGGGGGCCAAGGCCAUGCUGGAGGCACAGCUGCAGCGGUCCCAGGGGGGCUCCUCUCUUAAGGCCUGCGCCUCUUCCCAUUCCUUGUGCUCCAACCUCAGCAGCACUUGGAGCCUCAGCGAGUUCCCAUCCCCAGUGGGAGGCCCCCCCGAAGCUACAGGAGAAGCCGGGGGAUCUGAGGCCCACACCUCGGAGGAAGCCACAGACAGCGAGAAGGAGAUCAACCGGCUUUCCAUCUUGCCCUUUCCACCCAGCGCGGGCUCCAUUCUCCGCAGGCAGCGUGAGGAGGACCCGGAGCCCCCUAAGAGGUCUUUCAGCAGCAUGUCGGACAUCACAGGGAGUGUGACCCUUAAGCCCUGGUCCCCUGGCCUCUCUUCAUCAUCCUCAUCUGACAGCGUGUGGCCUUUGGGAAAGCCGGAAGGCCUCCUGGCCCGGGGCUGUGGCCUGGACCUCCUCAAUAGGUCUCUGGCCAUCCGAGUAUCCGGUUGGAGUCCUUCUGGAGGCCUGGAGCCCCAGGAUAGGAGUCCAGAUAGCCUGCCAGUCCUUGGGGACAGAGGGUCUGGGGCCGUGGUGCGAAGGGUACUGUCUGGGCCUGGUUCAGCCAGGACGGAACAGAAAGAGCCCAGAGCAGAAGGCACUGGCCUGGAGGGGGCAGGCCUGGAAGCUGAGGCCCAGCAGAGGACCUUGCCCUGGAACCAGGGCUCUACACUCCCCUUCCUGCUGGACUCGAAGGCCUGUCAGUCCUUCCACGAGGCCCUGGAUGCCUGGGCAAAGGGAUCGGGCACAGAGCCCUUCUACAUUCGAGCCAACCUCUCCCUGCCUGAGCGGGCAGAUCCCCACGCCCUUUGUGUCAAAGCCCAAGAGAUCCUGCGGCUGGUGGACCCAGCAUACAAGCGGAGGCAGGAAUGGUUCUGCACUCGGGUCGACCCCCUCACCUUACGGGACCUGGACAAGGGCACUGUGCCCAAUUAUCAGAGAGCACAACAGCUUCUGGAAGUCCAGGAAAAAUGCCUGCUCUCGAGCAGGCACCGGAGUCCUCGAAGCAAUCUGAAGAAGCGCGCCCUGGGGCUGGUGAGGCCCAAGCCUGCAGGGGGCGCUGCAGGAGACUCCCCGGAACAGCUGCCGGCAGAGCCCUGCUCAGAGCUAGAGCGAAGCCUUAAACCCUACAGCCUGGUGCGGCCACUGCUCGUCUCUGCCCUGAGGCCCGUGGUGCUCCUGCCUGAGUGCCUGGCACCCCGGCUCAUCCGCAAUCUGCUGGAUCUGCCCAACUCCAGGCUGGAUUUCCAAGUGUGCCCCGCAGAAAGCUUCUCUGGAGAGGAGCAGGGCGCAUCCUCAGCUCCUGGAGCCCCCAAGGCCUGGCCUGCCACCCCUGGGCUGGGCAACAGGAUCCGGGCCAUCCAGGAGUCUGUUGGGAAGAAGCACUGUCUGUUGGAGCUGGGUGCACGGGGCGUGCGGGAGUUGGUGCAGAGUGAGGUCUACCCCAUCGUCAUCCAUGUGGAGGUGACUGAGAAGAAUGUCCGUGAGAUCAGGGGCCUGCUGGGCCGGCCAGGCUGGCGGGAUUCAGAGCUGCUUCGUCAGUGCCGGGGCUCAGAACAGUGGCUCUGGGGACUGCCGUGUUCCUGGGUACAGGUGCCUGCCCAUGCCUGGGGCCACGCGGAGGAGCUGGCCAAGGUGGUGCGUGGCCGCAUCUUGCAGGAACAGGCUCGCCUCGUGUGGGUGGAGCGAGGCAGCAGCCGAGGGGGCAGCGGCAGCAGCAGUGAGGCCUGAGGACCCAGCCUGUGCCCGGGACUCUUCCAGCCACUCUCCAGACCUCUUCCAUCAGAUGCCUGGGCCUCCCCCAUCCGGUGCCCGGACACUCUCCAUUUAUGCCUGGGCUUCCGCCUGUGCUAGAGAGACUGGUGCGAUCCUGCGUCUGUGGUGGAAUCAGACCUCCCCAGUUGGGGCCUUGCUUGUCCCAUGGACUCUCCAGUGUGGGACCCUAGUCCUGGGUUCUUACCAGAGUCAGCCACGGGCCUUGUAGAGGCUGUGGAAGCCCACAGGGUAGACCUUUGCCCAUGGGGCAGACCUUUGCCCACGGGGCGGACCUUGUGCCUGCCCCUGACUUGCUGCUCUGUCUCCUCACCGACUCCCGCGUCCCCGCGUUUACCCCCAACAUUUCCGUUUGUGGGUCUUUGUGUGUGCCUGGGCCCUCUCCUUACACACUCACCUUGGAAUAGAGUUCUCACACUGUUGUCUAACUUUGCACACUCAUGUCCUCAUGGGCCUCUGAUGCCGUCUCUCCACCUGGGUGCACAAGGUCCCCGGGGUCCUCGGCCUGCCCUGCCACCAUCGUGUGGCCCCCACAGUUCACUAGCGGUUCUCGUGUGUACUGUCAUGCGGAUACCUUGGCUGCCCUCCCUGGUCAGCUUGAACCCUUACGUCUCCUUGUGUGUGUCAUCUCUCCGUGUGUGUGUGUGUGUGUGUGUAAACAUCACACUCUCCCCGUGACACUGGGCACUAACAAAUGUGUGUUCUGUACAGCACACCAGGAUAUGUUCUCUUGGCUGGUUUCCUGUUCCCCACCUGCCUCGAGGAGGCUGGGGUGGCGGUGCUGCUAGGCCGCCCGAAUGUUUGGCUUGUGGGUAACUCCCAGGGCCUUUCACUCAAGCUGCACAUAAUGAGUCAUUAAAGUUUGUCAUAGAA